CGGCGCGCGCUGUUUCCGGAAGUCGCCGCCGCGGUCUCCGCCGCUUCUGCCUUCGCUGCUGCUGCGGUCCCAGCGGAACUUUUCGUGUAGGACGGCCGAGGCGGGCCCAGGCGCGGCCGGGGUUCCGGCCACUCUGCAGAAUGGAGAUAAUCAGGAGCAAUUUUAAGAGUAAUCUUCAAAAAGUGUACCAGGCCAUAGAGGAGGCCGACUUCUUCGCCAUCGAUGGGGAGUUUUCAGGAAUCAGUGAUGGACCUUCAGUCACUGCAUUAACAAAUGGUUUUGACACUCCAGAAGAAAGGUAUCAGAAGCUUAAAAAACAUUCCAUGGACUUUUUGCUGUUUCAGUUUGGCCUUUGCACUUUUAAGUAUGACUACACAGAUUCAAAGUAUAUAACGAAGUCAUUUAACUUCUAUGUUUUCCCGAAACCCUUCAAUAGAUCCUCGCCAGAUGUCAAGUUUGUUUGUCAGAGCUCAAGCAUUGACUUUCUAGCAAGCCAAGGAUUUGAUUUUAAUAAAGUUUUUCGCAAUGGAAUUCCCUAUUUAAAUCAGGAAGAAGAAAGACAGUUAAGGGAGCAGUAUGAUGAAAAACGCCUACAGUCCAAUGGUGCAGGAACUCUGUCUUACGUAUCUCCCAACGUGUCAAAAUGUCCUGUGACGAUUCCUGAGGAUCAGAAGAAGUUUAUUGACCAAGUGGUAGAGAAAAUUGAAGAUUUAUUACAAAGUGAAGAAAACAAGAACUUGGAUUUAGAGCCAUGUACUGGGUUCCAAAGAAAACUAAUUUAUCAGACUUUGAGCUGGAAGUAUCCCAAAGGCAUUCACGUUGAGACUUUAGAAACUGAAAAGAAGGAGCGAUACAUCGUCAUCAGCAAAGUAGAUGAAGAGGAACGUAAAAGGAGGGAGCAGCAGAAACACGCUAAAGAACAGGAAGAACUGAAUGACGCUGUGGGAUUUUCUAGAGUUAUUCAUGCCAUUGCCAAUUCGGGAAAACUCGUCAUUGGACACAAUAUGCUCUUGGAUGUCAUGCACACGGUUCAUCAAUUCUACUGCCCUCUGCCUGCGGACUUAAAUGAGUUUAAGGAGAUGACAACAUGUGUUUUCCCCAGACUCUUGGAUACAAAAUUGAUGGCCAGCACACAACCUUUUAAGGAUAUCAUUAACAACACAUCUCUUGCAGAACUGGAAAAGCGGUUAAAAGAGACACCUUUCAACCCUCCUAAAGUUGAAAGUGCAGAAGGUUUUCCAAGUUACGACACAGCUACUGAACAACUCCACGAGGCAGGCUAUGAUGCUUAUAUCACAGGGCUGUGCUUCCUCUCCAUGGCGAACUACCUAGGUUCUUUUCUUAGCCCUCCAAAAAUUCACGUGUCUGCCAGAUCAAAACUCAUUGAACCUUUUUUUAACAAGUUAUUUCUUAUGAGAGUCAUGGAUAUCCCCUAUCUCAACUUGGAAGGACCAGACUUGCAACCAAAACGCGAUCAUGUUCUCCAUGUGACAUUCCCCAAAGAAUGGAAAACCAGCGACCUUUACCAGCUUUUUAGUGCCUUUGGUAACAUUCAGAUAUCCUGGAUUGAUGACACAUCAGCGUUUGUCUCUCUCAGCCAGCCCGAACAAGUGCAGAUUGCCGUCAAUACCAGCAAAUACGCGGAAAGCUAUCGGAUCCAGACCUAUGCUGACUACGUGGGAAAAAAACACGAGGAGAAGCAGAUCAAGAGAAAGUGGACAGAAGAUAGUUGGAAGGAGGUUGAGAGAAAGCGGUUAAACACUCAGUGCAUAUCCUAUGCUCUGCAGAAUCACUAUCACCACGCCAAUAGUCUUACCUCGACCAGCACGGUAGGAAAGAGAAAUCUGAGCCCCAGCCCAGCAGAAGCUGACUUGGAGACCAGAAUAUCAGGGGAGAUUUCUGACACUGAGCUGGAGCAGACAGGGUCCUGUGCAGAAUCCCUCUCCGAGGGAAGGAAAAAGGCCAAGAAAUUAAAAAGGAUGAAGAAGGAGCUUUCGCCAGCAGUCCCACUAAAAGAGAAAAACAUCUUGACAGCUUUUAAUUGAACCAGAGACCUGGAGAUAAUUGGGCUUUCUGGAGCAGCAUUCACUGAGUGAGACCUUCCAGCAGCGCAAAGCUGGGAGUUUAACGGGUCAUUCUUAGCUGCUUUGUGGUUAAGCAUUUAGUGCUAAUGUUGUCAGCAGGAUGUGGGUCGGGAUAUCAGGCUCUGAACCUGUGGAGUCAACCGACUUCGGUGACUUUCACGAGGUCCUGUAUCGAGGGAGAAUACAAAAGUCUUGACCCCACGAAGGGUCUGUGUUAAGCUCUGAAGGGUUCAGAGGAUUCCAGGAGCUGUGAAGGUUGGGGUGUGUGCGGCUACCCGGUCGGACACUUUGGUGCAGCCUGGGGAGGUCUGUCUUGUCCAGGCAGCUCCCAGCUCUCCUCCUGGAGAGAGUGUCUUGACAGGACCUCAGGUGAUUCACGAAGGUGUGUUGGGUGCCCAGCACUGUCAGCAAAGGCACACAAAGUGUAAAAGAAAGUGUUUAGUCUGUUAGGGAGCUUGCUAUUUUCCAAGGAGGAAGUUGCAAAAAGUAGGACCAUAGAAUAUUGUCUAUAGUAGCAGUCCUGGGACCAUUGGUGUUCAGUAAAUCCCACACAAAAUUGUCUUCUGUCUCAGUUAUACAUUUUAAUAUCUAAGAUACACAGGAGUUCACUAGACCCCUUUCCAGCUAACAAAAUGACUUAAAUUGCAAAAGGAAUGACUGUUUAUUUAUCACGUACCAAGCAUUGUGCCAGGAGCAUUCUUUACUGUCUGUUCCGUAUAAGAAGCUUAAAAAGUAUAGGUGUCAUUAUUUCCGAUUUCUAGAGAGGAAACAGGCUCAAAGAAUUACAAACUUGCAAAGCAAAAUAUAGCUGGAACUGGGGGCCGUGGGGAGGGCUCACACAUUGGACCACUCUGCAGUAUGUGAAAUCUACCCAAACUUUUUAGUUAUUUUGAGAGAGAGAGAGAGAAGGAGAGAGAGAGAGAGAAUGAGCAUGAGCAGGGGGAAGGGCAGAGAAGGAGAAUCCCAAGCAGGCUCCACGCUGUCAGUGCAGGGCCUGACACAGGCCUUGAACUCACGAACCGUGAGAGCAUGACCUGAGCCAAAAUCAAGAGUUGGAUGCUUUACCGGCUUAGCCACCCGGGUGCCCCAAAAUCUUACACAUAAUGUAGGUCCCUCCUUUCAGAUUUUUAAUGAUUAGCGUAGAUUGGUAGUGUUAUCUACUUUUCCUUGGGAGAAUUCCAGGUACAUCCUCCAUUGGCACAUAAAGGAACCCAGUUCCGCGUGUCGUCUAUGCUGGAAUAAAGUAUCCCUGGGAAAUGUUCUCCGGGCAGUGCUUAAUGGAUGCGUUUCCACAGCACACUUGUUCUCGAGGAUAAGUGAAUAGUGUCCCCCACUGUCCUGAUGCUGACAAGACUGGCCGUCCUCAAAAUACUGAUGGACCAGUACCCAGGGGUUCUCUCGGGUCCUGUGAGCGCACGGAGGAGUGCCCAGAGACACUCUCCCUGGUAAUCCUUUUCAUCAUAUGAUAGGCCGCUACAAGUCUAUGUUUAUUUUUUUUAAUUAUUUUUAAUGUUUUACUUAUUUUUGAGAGAGAGAGAAAGAGACAGAGUGUGAACGUGGGAGGAGCAGAGACAGAGGGAGACCUAGAAUCUGAAGCAAGCUCCAGGCUCUGGGCUCUCAGAACAGAGCCCCACUCGGGUCUUGAACUCACGAGCUGUGAGAUCAUGACCUGAGCCGAAGUCGGAUGCUCAACCGACUGAGCCACCCAGACACCCCAUUUCCUCCUUACAUUUAAAACACAACACAUUAGACCUUUAAAUGUUUACCAAGAACCAGCAGUUUCACUGGGGUCUUGACUAAUCUGUUGAACCUUUCAUGCUUAGACCCAUAAGGUUACAGCAUGGAAAAUGGAGGAUCUACUUGGAUGUCACUCAGUCUGCCUUUGCUGAGCACUCAGUCCAGGCUCAGGAGGUCCAGCCAAGGAGCUUUUUAAUUCCUCAAUGAAAAUGUGGUUGACGGACUCCGUGUGACCCAUGAGGUGUGUGCUGCUCAGUCCCCAUUCCUCAUGGCAGCCCGCCAGGGCUCCCCGUAAGCCACCCGGGAACCCUGCCUUCUCGGGGGUGGGAAACCGCCCCCUCACCAGGCACUUUGGAACGUUUCCCGGUUAAAAAUGUUUGUGUAACACCCCAAAGGAUCUUUCUGUAUACAGAAUUCCACUCUGCAGAAAAUGAUAUGAUGGCACUUUUCCAGGGUAUGUAGUUUUUUAGAUUCUGUUCUGGAUUCACCUGAGGGAAGAAAUCUCUUACCUCUCAGAAUUUCUCCCUGUCAGCUCCGUCAGGAGAAAGGUACACAAGCACCAACAGUCACCUGCUGUGUUGACCGCUUUUCAUUUUCUGUUGUGGUCUUGUUAAUAAAAAUCAUGUGCUCACUACGAAAAUCUGUAAAAUGAAGAAAAACGGAAAGAAAAUGAAGCCCCGUGGUUGCCUGAUACUCUGUUCAUAAGUGCUUUUAA